CCCCGCGAUCCAUCACUUCAACAUCAAACGACCUGGUGAUGCCGCAGGUUCAAGCCACCAGCAAUGACUGCCUCAGCAGAAGAACGUAAGUAUCUCCGUUUUACGCGCUGUCAAUAAAACCUUUGUCGCACUCACCUGUCCCCCUUUUUUGUCGUCCAUUCCCCGGCUCUCGUAGUAAACACAUUCGGAGACCGCACGAGUUGUAUAAGAGCAACGCGCAGUCGCCAUGACGCGCAAUGAGUGUCAGCGGGGCAAAGUGCGCACGGGAGACAUACUGGCAAUAGUAAAGCGAAAAGCGGCCCAGCCUCUCGAUCCGCCGUCUCCGUCAUCUAAACGCAUAAAGCAAGAGACUCCGGAUGGCGACCUACAGGCCUCCAAACCACGCAUAGUACCCUUUCCAGAGAAACCGGCGGUUAUCGAGGAACGGAAUGGCGAAAUCGAGUUCCGCGUCGUAAACAAUGACGGGAGGAGAGAGAGCACGAUCAUUCUCACAGGGCUGAAAUGUAUAUUCCAGAAGCAGCUGCCGAAGAUGCCUAAGGACUAUAUCGCUCGGCUUGUGUAUGAUCGUACUCAUCUCAGCAUGGCGAUCGUCAAGAAACCUCUGGAGGUCGUAGGAGGUAUAACCUACCGACCCUUCAAAAGCCGCGAAUUCGCUGAGAUUGUCUUCUGUGCCAUUUCCUCGGACCAGCAAGUGAAGGGCUAUGGAGCGCACCUGAUGUCACACUUGAAAGACUAUGUCAAGGCGACAUCACCAGUCAUGCACUUCCUAACCUAUGCCGACAACUACGCCAUCGGCUACUUCAAAAAGCAAGGUUUCACGAAGGAGAUCACCCUGGAGAAAUCGCGCUGGAUGGGAUACAUCAAAGACUACGAAGGCGGUACCAUCAUGCAGUGCUCCAUGCUUCCGAAAAUCCGCUAUCUCGAGUCAGGCCGCAUGCUUCUUAAGCAGAAGGAAUGCGUCAACGCCAAAAUUCGCGCAGUAUCCAAAUCCUUCGUAGUGCACCAGCCGCCCGCCCAAUGGAAGAAUGGCUUGUGUAAGAUUGACCCGUUGUCAAUACCCGCUAUCAAGGAGUCAGGAUGGAGCCCGGAUAUGGACGAACUAGCUCGCGCACCUCGUCAUGGGCCUAACCACCUUCCCCUAUUGCAUCUUCUCACGCACCUUCAGAAUAAUAGCAAUGCAUGGCCGUUCCAGCAACCGGUCAACAAGGAUGAGGUGCUCGACUACUACGACGUCAUUACCCAGCCCAUGGAUCUCGCUACCAUGGAAGACAAGCUGAACAACGACAAAUACGCCACUGUUGAGGACUUCAUCGCUGAUGCGAAGCUCAUCUUCGAUAAUUGCAGAAAGUACAACGGAGAGGGUAGCGUGUAUGUGAAGGCGGCUAGUCGUUUGGAACGAGAAAUGUGGCGGCGCGUCAAGGAGGUGCCGGAGUGGAGUCAUCUGGAGAGUGAGAUGGCUGGAAAAUGACUAAGGCUUCAUGGAGCCAAUCGAGCCAUUGACAGAACCUUCAAAUUUGCAUAGUCGUGACCGAUCAUCGUUGGAAGGUAUCUGUUCACUGCUAUGUCUGUACGACUGUAUCGCUAUCUUCCUUGCCUGGAAUUUGUGUUGGUAAACAUGGAGUAGGAGUUUGACGGGUGUAUCACAUGGUCGCGGAGUUACUUUGGCUGAGCGUUUUAUAUACCACGGGAUCACAACGGGAAACGGACGGCGUGCCGGUCUUGUAUGCACUUAUAGGGAUCUAGUAACUAUUCUAUGCUUGAUAGUUUCCAACGAAUGAGCUCUUAAAAGAGGUAUAAUCCGGA